GCAGCUGGGGGGCGGUGGAGGCAGGGAGGUGGUCCACUGCUCGGGGGGAUGCAGCUGCAGGAGUGCAGGCGGCGUAUAAAUGCAAGGCGCAGUGUCCGAGUCGGCACUUCAGUCACAAGUCCCCGCUGCACGCCGGCAUCAUGGUCUCCAAGCUGGUGAUUGUUUCGGCUCUGCUAGCCGUAGCUAACGCUGGCGUCAUCAGUCCCUACGGUCUGGUCGGCGGCCAUGGAGGCGCCCUCAUUGGUGGCCCCCUAGGCCCCACGGUGCUUGCCGGCCAUGGUCUCUCCGGCGCCUACCUGGCGGGCCACGGUGGUCUCGCUUCGCCCGCGGUGCUCGCCGCCGCCCCUGCGCUCGUGGCCGCCCCCGCCGUCGAGCCGUACGACCCGCACCCCCGUUACUCGUACUCGUAUGGAGUGUCGGACCCCACCACCGGUGACUCCAAGAGUCAGUCCGAGGUCCGUGACGGUGACGUCGUCAAGGGCCAGUACUCCCUGGUGGAGCCCGACGGCACCCGCCGUGUCGUCGACUACGUCGCUGACCCCAUCAACGGAUUCAACGCCGUGGUGCGCAAGGACCCCCUUGCCGUGCACGCAGUAGUCGCCGCUCCAGCUCCCGCCCUUGUAGCCGCCCCUGGUCUCUCUGUGGGUCACCUGGGUUAUGCUGGCCUAGGCCUGCACUGAUCCAUCAGCUUCCAUCUAGCGUACCCUCAAUUACCUCAAAAUGAUGCGUGCCGGGACGAAAGACAAAAAAUAAAUUAUUUGUGAAGUGUU